AUGGCAAAUCUUGGAAUACUUGGCCGCAGGUUUCUAUUUUAUGGAUCCUUUGGCCGACAAUGCUAUUGACCAUUUUCUUGUUUCCUGUCAUUGGUAUUGAACAUUGUCCGCUCUCUUAUGUUCCAACUUGUUUUUGUGGUUGCAGCGUACUCAGAAAAUCUAACGAGAGUGUGAGACUUACUAUAAUAAUUUUCAUUGGAAUGAUUUUUGGCUUCUUGCUUGGAAUUUCCUUUUCAUCAGUUACCAUAACGAAGGUACAGAAGGAUGAAUUUUUUUUCCUUUUAUCAUUUUACGGGUGUAAUUUUUUAAAAAGUUCUUAAGCUCACUGUAUGGUGCAGCUUCGUAUCCCAUCCAGCAUAUUCUCGUAUAUUACAGACAAGAACUCGGUUAUAUAUAAUCACCAAUGGACAACUGUGAGAAGCCAGAAUAAGGAUAGUUCAUUUCUUAAACCCAGUGAAGCAUCAAAGGUAUGAUUAUCUAAGAACAACUAUGUAGUGGCCCAUUUUUGUCAAUUUUUCAUUAUAGAAAGUGAUAUCGGUUUUGAUACUUCCAUGAUGAUUGAAAACUGUUUUCGAAAAAACAUCAUUUGCGCCAUUAUCACUUUCAUGCUUUAUCUUCAAAGUCUUAGGCGGGCUAUGUAGGGGCAUUUACACGUUUCUCGUUUUAGUUUGAAAGUAUUUUAACAAUCACCUGGUCAAUAUUGUUGUUAAAACCGAGUCAUAUGUGAACAUAUAUACUGGCUGAAAGGUUGAAACGAAAAUCAUUACCAGUUUGUUUAGUGAACACUCUUAGACCAACGUUCAUUUGUCCCUAGGAUUGUCUUCAAGAUUUAUAGGAUCGAGAAAUCUAGUGAUGCCACUGAACGCACGGUGUGUAUACAUCUUGCUUUCAAAUCUAGUGACCAUGCCAUUUAACGAGAAAUCUAUUGAUUCUCCACUGAGCAUGCCGUCCUUUGGGGUUCCAAAAGACACAGGUUAAAUACAAUAGGACUGCCCACACUUGGAAGUGAACGGACAAUGGCCACACCUCUGUCCUAAUUGCGGCAGUAUUCCCACUGCAAGGUCACCAUAAGUAGGAGAUCAGAAAGAAUGAUCAUGACGUUCUAAAACAGAAUAUUCCCAACAUUUGCACUUACCCUACUAAGCCUUGAGAAACUUCACAAACGAGACAACAAGUUGGAAUAACAGAAUAUCAUACAGAUUGUCUGGUUAUCACCGUCUAAUAUUAACUGCAUAGACGCAAAUCGGCUCGUCCCCACCAUCCAUACGUCAAAUGAGUACGAUGUCUGCACCCUAGACGUCAGCUCUGCUUGGAGGUACCACAAAGCCUCACCUGAUCUAGAUAUCCAGAGAAGAGCCUUAAGCUCAAUGUACAUUUUACUAGGCUGUCCACCUCGUCACAUUUUUUAUGAUACGAUUUCUUCCGGAAACGGUAUAAGGAUUGAAUGAAAAAAUGAUUUUUUCAAAUAUAUUUCACAAGAAAUUUAGAUUUUCCUUUGUAAUUGCUGGAAUAACGUCCCAGUUUUUUCCGUAGCUCUUGUAUUGUGGCAAACUGACCUUUAAUUAUGUCGUGGCCACAGAUUCAUGUUCCAACGAACCCUCGAGGUGCAGAAAGACUACCACCAGGCAUCGUUUCAUCCGAAUCAGAUUUCUUCCUGCGGAGAUUAUGGGGUGAACCAAGUGAGGUAUGAUUUUCUCACUGAAUUCUUUACUGUACGAAGAUAGUUUUUACAAUUUAUUCCCUCAAACGUUUGUAAUGAAAUAUUGCAAUCACCUCCACCCAUUUCACCUCAUCAAUACGGCCCUAUUAAGUGUUGCUAUACUCAAGCAACAGUAUAUUAUGCGUUAGUGGCUGAUGGGCUAGAAAGAAAACUUCCGCCAUUUCUAUCAGUAUGAUACUUCAAGAAUCUUAUUGAAAUUUCUUUUGAGAUCCUCUACAUCGUAGAAUGCCAUUAAUGUCAAUUUUCUUACUGCGGUUGAAUUGUGGUAGAACCGCAAUAUAGUAUAUUGGGGUACAAUUCCAUUUUAUACUGGAUGUUGGAAGAUGUCUAUUUUUACUGAAUGAAGUCAUUUUAAUUUCUGAGCAGUAAAAUAUUCCUAAAAAUUAUGGGAAACUCUAUUAUAAAUGAAGACCAAGGCAAAUAUUCAAAUAGAAAAUGUGAAUUGGUAUUCCGAUAUUUUGUUUCUUCCAUUUACUUUUACUUACGAAACCAAAACUUCAUGUCUAUGGCUUUAGGUCGGGAUUGUAAAUGGACCUUUGGUUUAUCUGGUAUCUGACACUACAGUCAUGGGAAUGGACAUAGAUUUCAAUUUUUUUUCCAGAUGAUUUUAUAAAAUAUAAGAAAUUGGGGUUUCAAUCUAGAAACUAUAAAUUAUCCAUAAUUUUUAAUUCUAUUUUUUAUUUAAUACAAUCACUUACAGGUGAUUUAAUUCCAGGUUUCAAAAAUGCCUGAUCCGCUUUUAUUCUUGCCGAUUUCAGUUCUUAUGGAUCUGAAUAUGAAAUGUUACAUCCAGAUGGGGAUAAAGACUCAGGACACCUUAUAUUUAUAUGUGCUUUCAUUGGAUGAUUCAAUGGGAAAACAGAUCGGAAGGUAGCUUAAUUUUCUUCGUAUACACAAUUGACAGGCCUUGUCAGACCCCAACAUAAACCUUACAGUAAGUUCACGGAAGCACUGCCAAUGUGGGUGAAAGGUGACUUUUAUAUCAAAAGCUGAUAGCCUAUGAUUCUAGAGAGGUUAAAUUAACCUGAUCAUCCCCUCAAGAUAUUUUACCUUGGUUAUUAGUUUUGACUAACCAGUCGGUUGUUCUGUAAAAUUGGUCAAUUUCGAUGUGGAUUGGAAUUGGCGACUUCUGACCGCACUCAUGGUGGAACCUGAUCCCUCUUUAGUGCUAAAAUAAAGAUGAAAAAGAAGAAUUAGCUGGGGAUUUGACCUAUGUGAAUCAUUUUGGAAAAUUUCUGGCUGGCUCGGCUUUUGAAAAGACCUCUUGUUCUUUUCUGUUAAAGGUAGGACGAAGAAGCUAGACAAGUUAACGUAGGAUGGAGAAGGAAAGAAAAGUAAAUAAGAGAAAGGAUGAAAGAUUAAUUAGAGUUCUAUAGCAGCAUACAGAAUAUGGAUGUGGAAGAAGAGUCAGGGAGAGGACGAAGGGGCGGUGGGAAAACCUUAUUUCUUACUCUGGUUUGGCCCCACCUUGAGCUUUCAACCUUGUGCUAUUGCUGGCUACCAAGGACCUCUAGGAAAACGAUCAGGUAGAGGUGGAAAAAACGGGAUACCCGUUCAUUCUAAAAUCAAAUUUAUUGUUUUUAUCUAGCUUACAAUUCAAAACCGUACUUGCUUAAUUAGGGUCGGACGCAUAGAAUUCAUCGUCAAAUGUUGAUUCUUCAUUUAAUGAGGAGUUAGUGUCACCAUUGAAAUCACAUGGUGAUCAAUUGCCCUGACUGAGACCAUGAAUGUCAGGCACUUUCAAGGAAAAAAGAGUAGUGUACAGUGCAUUUAUCAUACAUACGAGAACCUGAGCCAAAGAAGAUGAUUAGAUUAGUGUUACUGAAGAGAUAUUAUAAUUUCAUUUUUUAAUUUUAUUUAAUUUUCGACAUUGAGGUAUUUUACCUUGAGUAAAUUGCCUAGACUAAGUAUUACAGAUAGGAAGGGUGGCGGUUAUGGAUGGAGUAGUCUGCAGAAUCUGUUGCCACCAAGUCCUAGCAUUCAUAUAUAGAGAGAAAAUUGAAUUUAGUUUCAAUUUAUUCUUUCAACAAUUUCAUGUUUUUAUUUUUUAUUUUUUGGCCUACAGUUUCUAAUUUAUCUCUGCCAAUGUUCUCAUGGAAAACGUUUGAUGUUUAAACCUCGAGUGUUCGAUCCGUGAUGUGUUUUAUUUUUUUUUUUAAUGUGAAGGACCUUCUGAAGAAGCAGAAGUACCUUAUAACAUUCACUGUGGGAUACGACCAAAGAUACAACAUUGACGCAGCAGUUAAAAAGGUCAGCAGAGAUCAUUCAUUGUGUUUUUCUAAGUCUGGUGGACUGAAAAGCGAGCGGAAAUGCUGUCCUUUGAUGUUCGUCCGUUGAUUUGAUUUGAUUUGUGCUGGGAUCUCGAGGAAGGAGAUUCAGAGAGAUCACGAAGAACUUACAAAAUAAUACGAAGCAUUCCAUUAGUGGAGACUAAUGUUUCAAGAGUUUUCGUUUCGUGGAGACUUCUUCCUUUGUUGAAAUUUAGACCCUAAACUCUUCACAUAUAUGGGAGAGCUAACUAGCCAGGUCAACUGUUGUCAUUAUUUUCGUAUUCGUCAAUUGGGUUCAUUUGUCAACCCGUAGAGUAAACAUAAGUCAACUGAAUGGAGAAACUUCUCAUGCAGAAUACCUUUAAACCUUCUUAAUAGUUUAUUCAAUGGUUUUUUCUUUCAAUAGGUUGUCUUUCUGCCAAGUUAUUUUGUGAACUUGGCUGGUGAAUCAAAUGUGCCUAGUCUUCGCAUGAUCCUGUGGGCGCCUUUUCUUUUUUUAUCUUGGUCAUCUACGCAUUUGUGGUUAAACAUAACACACACGAUUCCUUUAUCCCAUGAUAAAAUGUGUGAUUUAUGCGACAUAGAGGAAACCCGCAUUUGAUGUCCGAGGUUUUUUUUUGUAACUAGGAUAUGAGAAAACACGACGAUGAAUCUAACUAAUUCGGCUUGACUUUGCUCGUUUUAGUUGAUGAUUUCUGUCCAAAAAAAACGAAUAGCCUCUUAUUGACGUCAUAGGGCUUCUAGACGUUGACUACGAUCUAUUUCGUGGAUUGCCUCUCAGUUCAGUGACAAUUUCACUAUCCUGCUGUUCCACUACGACGGCCGGGUUAGUGAAUGGGAUGAGUUUGAGUGGUCCAAGCACGCUAUUCAUGUCAGUGCUAGGAAACAGACUAAAUGGUGAGAACGGUGUUCUUCUCUCUUUCCCGAUUGGUCAUCAUUAAUUCUUUUGCCAUGCGAUUGUCUUCUAACCCUAGAUUUAUUCACCAAGGUGGUUUGCCAAACGAUUCUUACACCCAGAUAUCGUGGCACCAUAUGAAUACAUCUUUAUCUGGGACGAAGACCUCGGGCUUGAUCAUUUUAAUGCAGAAGAGUAAGUAAGCACAUUCAGGCGUCUCUCUCUCUCUCUCCCUCUCUCUCUCCCUCCCUCCCUCCCUCCCUCCCUCCCUCCCUCUCUCUCUCUCUCUCCCUCCCUCCCUCUCUCUCUCCCACUCUCUCUCUCUCUUUUUCUCUCUCCCCCUCUCUCUCUCUCUCUUUCUCUCUCUCUCUCUCUCCCCCUCUCUCCCCCUCUCUCUCUCUCUUUUUCUCUCUCCCCCUCUCUCUCUCUUUUUCUCUCUCCCCCUCUCUCUCUCUCUCUCCUGUUCGGUAAAAAAUCACAUUUUCUUUUUUUGAAAAAAUAAAUUGCGCCCAGGUAUAUUAGAUUGGUGAAGAAGCACGGCCUGGAGAUCUCGCAGCCUGGUCUUGAGCCAAACAACGGCUUGACUUGGAAGAUGACUGAACGGAGACCUGACCGUGAAGUCCACAAGUUAGGAUUCCAUCCACCUUUCAAUAAUUGCUUUUACUUGCCCCACUGCUGUUCUUUUAACGUGGACCUCAAAGGGUAUUUUUAUUUUUAUUUUUAUUAUUUAAACAGAGAAACAGUGGACAAACCUGGCUGGUGCAAAGACCCUCAUUCGCCUCCUUGCGCCGGGUAUGGCGGCUUACUACUGCGGUUAUCAUCCCCAUGCCUCGUUACCAUUUUCACUUCGUACGAAUUCUUUUUUUUCUUUUUGUUAAUCUGCAGAUUCGUCGAAAUCAUGGCAACUGUUUUCUCUCGGGGUGCGUGGCGCUGCGCAUGGCACAUGAUACAGGCAUGUGGACCCCUUCCUUUUUCUCGCCUCUUUCACUUCUAAUGGCGCCUGAUUUCACCAUCACUGACUGCGGCUUGCGCGUGCAGAAUGAUCUGGUUCAUGGAUGGGGGCUUGACUUUGCCCUUGGGAAAUGCGUGGAGGUGAAAACCUUAAAUUUGGUCAAUUAUUUGCUUUUCCAUUGACCUCAGUUGGCAAAAGUCGAAAAGUAUACGGAUCUGUGUUCCUUUGGCAGCCUCCUCACGAGAAAAUCGGGGUGGUAGAUGCCCAGUGGAUCAUCCAUCAAGUGGUUCCUUCUCUUGGGAACCAGGUAAUGGUCGACUUUCAGUGUUUUCCGCAGGAUGUUUAGCGUUUGGUUGACUCUUCGUGAUCCACAGGGCCAGGCAGAGAAUGGAAAGGCGCCGUGGGAAGGGGUACGUGGCUUUUUUGUCCAGCUCUAAAAUUUCCCCGCUCACUAGCCCCGUUUACCAUGACUCCAAGCUCCUAUACGGGUAGGGGAGGGUAUAAUUUCGAACACGAUACUAAACUAAUUAAUAUUUUUACCCAUAAAAGUUGGUCUGAGCUCUCCUAGUGCCACAGAGUUUAAUUUAUUUUUUUAUGUAUGAUAUUGGCUAAGUCCAGGGGGGUUAGAUGACGUCUUGCUUUUGGCCGUUAGGUGCGGGAGCGUUGCAAAAAGGAAUGGACAAUGUUCCAAGAUCGGAUGGAGGCCGCGGAGGCGGCAUAUGAAGAGAAAUCGUGGACCGCCUCGCGAAGUUCUGCUCAGAGCUAA